AUGUCCUCUGAGCGCGACGUGAAGCCGAAUAUUCGCGAUGGAGACGAUAAUGCCGUGUCUCAGGAUCCCCAGACGCCGAUGAAAAAACCCAAUGCAAAGAUUAACCUCUCAGUGACCAGUCCAAAUGGCCAGACCAUCAAAUUUGCAGUCAAGCCGACGAAUACGUUUGAAAAGCUGUUCAAAGCGUCUGCAGAACGAUUCGGUGUAGAACUGAACCUUGUUCGAUUUCUGUACGAUGGAGAACGUCUGCGUCCAGAGCAGACUCCACAAGACUUCGACAUGACCGACGACGACCAAAUAGACAUGCAACUACAGCAAACGGGCGGAGGCACUGGAUUAUGA